AUGCCCUCGCACGAGGCCAUCCUCAAGGUCGCCAAGCAGCACAAGCUCCCAGCCCCGGACCUGCCCCACCCGCUCGCCCCGCCCGCACAGCAGAACGUGGCAGCGCAGCAGCAGCAGCAGCAGCAGAGGUCGCGGGGCUCGUCGCCGCUGCCGCCGCGGCCGCAGCAAGGCUUGCCAGCAGACCACCAGCAGCUGCAGGUGCCAGGUGGCGCUGUGGCAUGCUUGCCGGUGUGGCGGCCCGCGGGGCCCAGCGGCGGCCCAGGCAGCGGCGGCAAGCAGGCCCCGGCGCUGGACAGUGAAGAGGCCCAGCGGAAGCAGGUUGCGGAAGCUGCGUACGGCGAGCGGUGGGCGUCACGGAAAGGAAGGGUGCAGACGGCGUCCCCGCACGGCAGGCGGCCUGGGUGGGACCUGCGGUGCGUGAUUGUCAAGACGGGGGACGACUGCCGGCAGGAGCUGCUGGCCAUGCAGCUCAUCCGCGCCGCACACGAGAUCUUCGCCGAGGCGCAGCUGCCGCUGUGGCUGCGGCCGUACGAGGUGCUGCCCACCAGCAACCGCACUGCGCUCAUUGAGAUGGUGCCCAACGCCCCCUCCAUCCACGCCCUCAAGUCCAAGCACGCCCCCGGCACCAGCCUGCGCGACCACCUGGCCGCCAAGUUUGGCGUCGGCUCGGCCGCCUUCCAGCGGGCGCAGCGCUGCUUCGUGGAGUCGCUGGCCGGCUACUCCCUGGUCUGCUACUUGCUGCAGAUCAAGGACAGGCACAACGGCAACAUCCUGCUGGACGACGAGGGCCACCUCAUCCACAUCGACUUUGGAUUCAUGCUCAGCAACUCCCCCGGCGGCGUCAACUUUGAGUCGGCGCCCUUCAAGCUGACUCGGGAGCUGCUGGAGGUGAUGGAGUCGGACAGCGAGGGGCGCGCCUCGGAGCUGUUCGAUUACUUCAAGGUGCUGAUGAUCCAGGGCUUCCUGGCGCUGCGCAAGCACGCCGACCGCAUCCUGCUGCUGGUGGAGAUGAUGCAGGGCAGCGGGUGCCCCUGCUUCAAGAGCUGCGUGAUGGCGGUGCAGGGCCUGAAGAAGCGGUUCCACCUGACGCUGCCGGAGCCGCAGCUUGUGGAGGUGGUGCUGGGCCUGAUCAGCGACAGCCUGGAUGCGUGGCGUACCAGGCAGUACGAUUACUACCAGCGAGUGCUCAACGGAAUCCUGUGA